AUAAAGCUGCGCCGCUUUGCUGUGUACACACUGUCCUGGGGAAAGGACAAAGUGUCCAAACACAGAGGAAAACUCCUGCUGAAAGCGACUGAUCUCCACACUGUUAUAAAGAUGGCGGUUAUUAAAGUGGAGAGUGAAGACCUGCAGAUUGAAGACACAUUCACUGUGAAACAGGAAGAUCCAGAGGAACAAACAGAGCUGAUGGUGCUGAAAGAAGAGACUCAAGACCUGAAUAUAAAGCAAGAAAAAGAUCAGUUUGAGAUAAACCAAGAUUCAGUGACCGAUGAACAAACCACAACGACAAAAAAGACUCGGAAAACCAGAUCUAACGGUGGUUACACCUGCAGUCAAUGUGGGAAAAGUUUUGCUAUAAAACACAACCUUAUAACCCACAUUAGAGUUCACACCGGAGAGAAGCCUUUCUCGUGUGAUCAGUGUGGAAAGAGUUUCAGUCAAAAAUCCAAACUUCCAGUCCACAUGAGAGUCCACACCAAAGAGAGGCCGUACACGUGUACCUACUGUGGAAAGAGUUAUUGCCAAAAACAAUACCUUAAAGUCCACACGAGAAUUCACACAGGAGAGAAGCCAUACACGUGUACCGAGUGUGGCAAGAGCUUCCGUCAAAAACAGUACCUUAAAGUUCACAAGAGAAGUCACACAGGAGAGAAGCCGUUUUCCUGCUGCGAAUGUGGGAAACGUUUUUAUCUAAAUCAGUACCUCAAAGCGCACAUGAGAAUUCACACCGGAGAGAGGCCUUUCUCGUGUGAUCAGUGUGAAAAGAGUUUCAGCCGCAAGUCGAAACUUGACGUUCACAUGAGAGUUCACACCGGACUGAAGCCUUUCUCCGAGUGUGGAAAGAGUUUCUGCCAAAAACAGUAUUUUAAAGUCCACAUGAGAAUUCACACCGGAGAGAAGCCAUUUCACUGCCAACAGUGUGGAAAGGGAUUUGUUCAAUUGCAAUCCCUCAAAAGUCACAUUUCAGUUCACGCUAGAGAGAAACAAUGAGGGAUUUACAUGUUAAGUCAAUGCAAAGACGCAAUCCUGCGGGACUUAACUUGGAAAAUCUGUACACAUUUGCACCGUUUACCAACUGUGGAGAGGUGAGUGUGAACACCCAAUAAGGGGGGAGAGCAUGCUCGGAGCCCGGCGGCUAAUCAGCAGGUCAAUCAGAAAUGAUAAAUAACACCUGUUUUUCUAAUGAUUGGGCCGGAGAGACUCCCUUCUUAAGGAGAACGGGAGGAGCAGUCGGAAGAAGAGAGAGCACACACACACACCCUGCUACAUGUGUGGUGGCAUUCUAAAUUAAUAAAACAGUUUGCUUAUCUGAA